AUGCUGGAGCUAGAUAUUCUUAAAGGGAUGAAAAGAAAAGAGAUUAUGUAGAUGCUAAAGAUCUAAAUUUAAGUUUGGACAUUAAACCGUCCGAAAGAAUUAGCAUCGAGGAAUGAGUGUGCGUUACUUCUUGAAGGAGUGCAGUGGAAUGCGGUGAAAGAACAGGAGGAGAUGGCGGAGGCCUCCCAUAACCUCAUCGUUUUGAUGUCGAGAAAGCUGGUUAAGGGAUGCCUCCCGCAUAUAUGCGACGCGGUUGGCUGUAAAGCAGUUUGGUCUGCACCAUCAGCAACUGCGAGAGAGCGCAGAGAAUAUCAAUGGCGCUUGCUUCGUCCCAGACUUACCUACCUAUUCGCCAUUCCAUUCUCAUUUCAGGCCAUCCUCUCCAACACAUCCCGAUAAAAAACUCUCUCCUCCGCAUAACACCUCAAACUUCACUGGCAGUUAAAUGCGAGCAAAAUCGCCACUCCACUCCCCAAACUACAACUCAAGACGACGGUAUACCAGUGGAAGACGUCACCUUUUUGGCCCGGUUCAAAUCCAGGUACAACUACAUCCGGGUGCUCCAAGUUUCGCGAAAAGCUGAUCACCCUUUCGCCGGUUCCAGGCUCCUUCUCCUCGAUGGCCCUGGAAACAUCCACAGCAUAUCCUUCCUCUUCAGAUUACUCACCAAUACUUACUUCGACGUCUUCGCUACGUUGCCUCCCCUUUUACCUCCCGGGCCCAUCGGAAUUCUCGGCUUCGGUGCAGGCUCCGCGGCUCGUCUCCUGCUCGAAUUGUACCCGGAAGUGGUCAUCCGCGGGUGGGAGCUCGACCCAUCUGUAAUUGACGUUGGAAGAAAGUAUUUCUCCCUCGAGAAACUUGAAAGAGAACACCCGCAGAGGCUUUUCAUAUAUAUUGGCGAUGCCUUGAAAGCCAGCUGGAAAGACGGGUUCGCGGGGAUUUUGGUCGACUUGUUCUCCAAAGGUAGCUUGCUACCAGAGCUCCAGGAUCCAGCCACGUGGGAGACAAUGAGCAAGAGUUUGAGAAAAGGCGGGAGAAUCAUGGUGAAUGUUGGAGGUAGUUGUGUAGAGGCGGAGAAUAAGCUGAGAGAUGGCAAGAUUGUAAUGGAAGAAAGCUUGAAGGCGAUGGAACAAGUAUUUGGUAAGAAGCUUCAUGUCCUGAAUCUGGGGAAUCGGAAGGAUGAUAGCUCCCUCGCUCUUACUGGAGAUUUUCCUGAACCGGACGUGUGGAAGAAGGCGCUUCCUCGUUCGUUGAGAGACUACGUUGAUUUAUGGACGCCAUAUUCAGUUUAGUGUUGGUGAAUCCGGUGGCCGCGAAAUGGUGCUCUUUCUGUGUUUGUAUUUAUUCCUCUGUGAAAUCUUCUCCUCCGAAAGUUCCUCCUUUUGUCCUUUAUUCGUUGCUUUGCAUUUCAUAUUUCCGCGUAGAACCUUGUUCCCGUCUAGACAAUAGUAAUAGCCACGAUCAGCAUGAAGCUAGAUCAAAGCAUGCGACGAGAAGGUAGCUUUGGUCUUCUCAUGAAGCUGUAGUGAAAUUUACUUGGAGCUCUCACCUCUCACUCUAACACACUUCUGAGUUGCCCCUGUUGCUACAUGACUUGCUCUCAUGCUACGGCUCUGACGGAGAUCAUGCAUCGUUUUGACACCAGCAUACGGCAUCGUGCUGCUCCAUAACUGGGAAAAUAUGAGAGGGGAAUUCCAUUGGUUUGGCUCCCACAAUUGUAUUGUCCUUUAGAAUUUCUCGAUGAUGUAAAGUGGGACCUAUUUAGUUUUCUCAUCUAAUCAAUUCGGUUUGGUUUUUAA